UUAUUUAAGUUAUUCAACUUAAACUUUAAAUUUUUUGUUUUGUAAAAUUCGGGAAAAAUGGACUUUAUGCAGAAAAUUUUUCUAUUAUUAAUACUCUUACGAUACCUUGUGACAAUGGGCGACUGUCAAAAAUCGGUAGAGAAAAUUGAAGAUAUUUUUGAGGAGCUGGAACCAAAAUCUUUGUUGGCAACAUUUACGGAGACUGAAAAAUGGUAUGAAUAUCCGAAAGAAAGUUGUGGGGAACAAUUUCUCACGUAUAUAAAUAGCAUUAUAGAAGAAGAAACAUGGGCUCUUAAAAUGCUGGAUUCGUCUUCAAAGAUUCCGUCUGGCAUUUUAUUAGGGAAUGUUAAGGAUCUGGGAAUGUUUGACGAAUGUGAUUCAGUUCAGGCGGUGAAAGGAAAUAUAAAAAUUCGUGGGCGACAUUGUAUGUAUCGAGUAAAUUUGACGAAUCAGAAGAUUUCAACUUCUGUUUCACCAACUUGGUCAAUAUGCGUUCCAUCAGCAUGUAAUGCAGAUGAUGUCGAGACGUUUCUUACUAGAGCUAUCAAUGAUCUUGAGUUUGCAAACGAUUUAGAAAUCACUAGAGCAAGUGCUACUUGCUCAAGUGUUGGUCCACAAAGAUGGUCAAAGGGAAGCAUCACAUCGAUGGCACUAUUCUCUAUUUUUGUGAUUUUCCUAAUAAUUUGUACGUUUCUGGAUAUCAUCCAAAAUAGUAAUCCUCUUCAAUCUGCAGUUGUGAGUAACUUGACCGAGUUGUCACUGUACAAAAGUGCACACAACAUUUUAAAUAUGAAUGCAGAUUCCAAUUCAUUCUCUGCAUUAUAUGGUAUUCGAUCUUUAAGUAUGUGUUGGAUUGUCCUUGUUCAUGAGUGUAUGAUCACCAUUAUGAAGGUUAAUGUGAACUCCUAUGAUUAUUAUGCUUGGCUUAAAUCCUGGAAGUCUUUGUACAUACGUAUGGGCCUUUUCGCUGUUGAUACGUUCUUUGCGCUAAGCGGACUUUUAGUGACUUAUUCGUUCCUAAAAGAUAUGUCUACAGGAAGGAAGUUCAAUAUUUUUAAGUUCUAUUUUCACCGGUAUAUAAGAUUAACACCACCAAUGGCAGCUCUGCUUACUUUUCUGAUCUUCAUCAUUCCCCAUUUGGGAUCAGGCCCAAUGUGGGAAGAAUUUGAAAGUACUAAGAAAUGCGAUGAAAAAUGGUGGACAUUUUUGAUGUACACGAAUAAUUAUGUUGAUGCAGAAUAUCUUUGCUUGAAUCAUUUAUGGUACCUGGCCGCUGAUAUGCAACUUUUCUUCAUAUCUCCACUUAUAUUAUACCCUCUUACCAAGAAACCGAAACUGGGAAUAGCAAUUUGGUGUUUAUUGUUUGUCUCACAAAUUGCAAUACCUGCUGCAAUUAUAGCAAUGAACCAGUAUACUUCCACGUGGGAAUUAGAUGUGUCCGAUGAGAAGAGGCAAUCCUCGUUUAAAAAUGUAUACGCGGUGGCUCACACAAGAGGUGGCAGUUGGCUCGUUGGUGUCCUUUUUGGAUAUAUCAUAUCAACACAACGAUCAGAUUUAAAAAAGAAAACUAUUUACUUUGGAUGGGUUUGUUGUGCCAUUUCUUUGACAUUUUGCACAUUGGGAACGAUAUUUUCACAACCACAGGAAUACGUUUACAACGUCGUUUGGGAAUCAGUUUUUACAUCGAUCUCGAGACCGCUCUGGGCCACAAGUAUAGCUUGGAUCGUUUUGGCUUGCAUUCGUGGUCAUGGAGGUCCAAUAAACACGUUCCUGUCGCUUCCGAUCUUCAUUCCAAUUAGCAGGGUUUCCUAUUCUGUUUAUUUGGUCCAUGUAACAAUUAUGCAAAUAAAAGUCUUUGCAACAAGGACACCGCAUUAUUUCAGUGGCUUCCAAUUGUUCAACAACUUCUUAGAUAAUCUCGUUCUUGCCAUUGUGAUAGCCUUCUUCUGGAGUUUACUUUUUGAGGUGCCAAUUUUAACAUUAGAAAAAAUUAUUUUUCGAAGAAAAAACUCUAACGAAAAAUCUAAACGCUUUUGUUUAUGAGCUGUAAUAUCAUAUUAAUACUAACUAUUCACUACAAUGCCUUGAGUGUCAAGCUAUUAUAAUUAUGGUUAAUAAUUGAUACAGUUAGGUUACGUGGUUGUUCAUCUAACUUGAAACUAUAGUUACUUCCUAAUAUUAAAGCAAUAUUAAUCUUAUGUAU